AUGGUCACUUCAUCCUGCUACCCGGACGGACGGAGAUAUAGCCGCCUCGAACCGCCCUACGUCUACUCCGACCGCCAGCAACGAUACUCAUCCACCUCCGAAGCGCGGACAUCGACCAUGACUGAACGAGAGCCCGAGUCUGACACCCCGCCCCGCAAGCGUAUUGCCGUUGCCUGCGGCCGUUGCCGGAAGCGCAAGAUUCGCUGCAGCGGAGACGCGGGCAACGGACAGCCUUGCCAGAACUGCAAAGCCGCCGGUAUCGACAACUGCAUGUUCCUCCGUGUCGCCUCGCAAGAAGCACCCUGGGUCCAGCCUUCGGACCAGACCUUCUCCUACGAGCUCAAGGCCGCGAGGGCCUAUCACGCCCACCACGCCCUCGCUUCUCCCCUCACGGCCUCUCCCACGCACUACGCCUCCGAUAUCCACGAUGGUCUUCCGCGGGCUCCGCAUGGCGGAUAUCCUCCUACCACAGCGGGAUACUCGUACGGCGCCGGGAAGUACUACCCCUCCAUGCCCAGCUGGUCGUCCCCGGCGACUUACCCCGCCGACGACGGCUCCAGCGUCGACUACACCACCAUGGGAGGAUACUCGUACCCCUAUCACAGCCAGGACCCGUCGUACCUCUACCGCAUGACGGCAGCGAAGACCAGCUCCAACGCGGAUCUCUACGUCAACACCGAUGGAACUGGCUACGGCUACGGAAGCAGCGGCGCAGCCCUCGUCCACCGACCCGCCGCGGCGGCGGUGUCCCCGGAGGCCCCCAAUUUCUCCCUCUCCAACGUGGCCGCGUCCCUGCCUCAUGCCGGCGCAGACCGUCUUCUCCCGAACCCAUCCCGCCUCCCCGGCACGACCAACGUCCUGGCCUACCGCACCGACACCUCGGCGCCGUCCUACGCGACCUCGACGUCAACCAAGUCUUCAGGACCCGCCUCCUCAAAUCCCUCCCCGACAAGCGCCGUCUCCGAGGUGACGACGAGCUACGAAACCUCCCCGGUCUCCGCGUACCCUCCCCCCUCGCACACUCUCCCCUCAAUGACGCACGUCCACCACCGCGCCGACAUGUCCGGAUACCCCCCGUCCUCAAGCAGCGGCGACUCCAUCUUCACCCCCUCCGAGAGCUCCCUCCGCACCCACGGCUCCGCCUCCGACCUGAGCUACAAAUACUCCGACAGCUCCUCGUCGGCCUCCGGCCGCCGCGGCAGCGGCGAGACGUCCUCCUCCGGCGGCUCCCUCUCCAACGGCCAGACCUACACCGUCACGACGCCCAGCUCCGCAAUGUACGCCGCCUCCAUGGCCCAGGGCCGACAUCACCACGUCGGGGCCUACGCCCUCAUGUCGGAGGACUGCGAGCAGCAGCAGCAGCCACAGCCACAGCACCCGCACCCGCAUUCGCACCACCACCACUCACAUCACCAUCCCUCGGGACGCCGGUCCGCGGGUAGCUUGAGUGCUUCCUGA